AUGGCCGCGGACGGCCUCCCGAAGCCCUCAGCGUCGACGGUCCUGCUGCCAGCCAUGUCCGGUUCAAGGGUUACGCAAUGCAGCCAUCGCGAGCUGGCAGUUCUGGAGAUUCUUGUGCUGGCGGCAGGCAGCGCGGCAAAGGGGCGAGCGGUUAUCCUGGCCAUAUCGAUAGCGACAGUACUUCUGACGACGGCAGUGGACGUGGGCAUAGCUAAGGCUAGCACCAAUGUCAGAAUCGACGACGACGACGACGACAUAAUCGGGUUCGUGGUCCUGGCGCUGCUCCAAGUCCUUGGCAUCCUGCUCGUGGCGGUGGCCCAUCUUGCGUGGCAGGUGGGGAGUCUGUUCGGAUUCACGGGGCAUGUUGCUGUCGAAGCGCCGCCAGCCGCGUCCGCGGAGGACGAGAUGGACAUCGACGACGGCGCGGUGGCGCCGACCACUACGGUGGAGCCCAACGUCGACAGAGCAAGGAAUUUGAGCGCUCGCAAGAGGCCGAGAGCGUGGGACUCCACGCGCCAGGUGGAGCAGCUCCACUUGAUGGAGGUCAGCUUCAGCGAAAUCGCGAAGAUCCUCAAGCGGCGGGCCUGA